AUGCAAUAUCCAUUUAGUAGUUCAAUUAAACAUUUUGUAUCACCUAAACAAUGGUCUAGUAUGCAUAUUGCAAAAGAGCUUGAAAUAAAAACCGGAAAAGCUAUUAUACACUUUGAAAAAGGUGACUAUAGUGGAUCAGAAUUUAAUCCACCGUCACAUAUUGUAGAUGCUGUUACAAAUGCUAUAAAAGAUGGUUAUAUUCGUUAUGAUCCUGGUGCUGGUUUAAAUGAACUUCGUCAAGCUAUUGCAACAGAAAUGACUAAAUGUGGACGACAAACUAUAUUAGACGAAGUUUUAGUUACAGCUGGUGCUAAACAUGCAUUACAAAUGAGUCUUUUAUCAUUUUUAGAACAAGGAGAUGAAAUUAUUUUCCCUAAUCCUGGUUAUCCACCAGAUGAAGUUUGGGCACGUUUUGCUGGUGUUACAAUUAAACAUGUACCACUUACAAAAGAUACAUGGCAAAUUGAUAUAGAAAAAUUAAAUGAUUUAAUUAGUUCACAUACUAAACUUAUAAUUAUUAAUACACCACAACGUCCAAACGGUCAUUUGAUAGAAAAUAUUGAUGAAUUAGCAAAAUUUUUACAAAAGUAUCCAAAUAUAAUAAUUAUAUCUGAUGAAAUAUUUUCACAUAUUACAUAUGAUGAUAAAUGUCAUAAAUCAAUUUCAUCUAUACCAGAAAUGAAAGAUCGUACAAUUGUUAUAGAUACAUUUUCUAAAACUUAUGCAAUGACUGGAUUCAGAAUAGGUUGGUUAGUGGCACCAAAACCAAUUAUUGAUAAAUUAUCAAUAUUUCUACAAGAAUCUAUUACAAAUGUUGCAUCAUUUAUACAAAAAGCUGCUUAUGAAGCUAUGAUAGGUCCACAACAAUGGGUUGAAGAUAAACGUAUUUUAUUACAAAAAAAACGUGAUAGAAUAGUUAAUGAAUUAAAUUCUAUUCCAGGCUUUCAAUGUAAUAAACCACAUGGUACAUUUUAUUGUUUUCCAAAUAUAACUAAAACUGGUAUGAAUUCACAAGAAUUAACUAAUUAUUUAAUGGAAAAUGCACACGUUGCUGUAGUAGCUGGUACUGCUUUUGGUUCACAAGGUGAAGGUUAUAUACGUUUAACAUUUGCUUUGCCUGAUGAUGAAAUUGAUGAAGGAAUUCGACGUAUUAAAGAAUAUAUGACAUUAAAACAAACACAAAUACAAAAUCAAUAA